AUGGGGCUCUCCACUGCCACCCCGCUCUGGGCCACCCCGGGGCUGCUGCUGGCCCUCGUCCUGCACCCCACUCUCGGCCUGCACCGGGACUACUGCGUGCUGGGCGCCGGGCCGGCGGGCCUGCAGAUGGCCUACUUCCUGCAGCAGGCCGGGCGCGACCACGUGGUGUUCGAGCGCCACGCGGGCCCGGGCAGCUUCUUCGCUCGCUACCCGCGCCACCGCAAGCUCAUCAGCAUCAACAAGAGGCACACGGGCAAGGCCAACGCCGAGUUCAACCUGCGCCACGACUGGAACUCGCUGCUCAGCCACGACCCCCGGCUGCUCUUCAAGCACUACUCCCGCGCCUACUUCCCCGACGCCGGCGACAUGAUGCGUUACCUGCGCGACUUCGCAGACCGGCUGCGGCUCAACGUGCUGUACAACACGACCAUUACCCACGUCACGCUGGACAAGGACAGGCAGGCCUGGAAUGGCCACUACUUCGUGCUGACGGACCAGAGGGGCCAGACCCACCGGUGCAGCGUCCUUCUUGUUGCCACUGGUUUGUCAGUCCCCAACCAGGUGAACUUCCCAGGCUCCGAAUACGUGGAAGGCUACGACUCGGUGUCCAUCGACCCCGCGGACUUUGAGGGCCAGAACGUGCUGAUCCUGGGCCGCGGGAACUCAGCCUUUGAGACAGCAGAGAACAUCUUGGGAGUCACCAACUUCAUCCACAUGCUGAGCCGCUCCCGGGUCCGGCUCUCCUGGGCCACCCACUACGUGGGCGACCUCAGCUCCCUCAGACUCGCCUCAGGGGGUGCAUUCAGCAAGAAGUACCCACUGAUCAAGGCCAGCUACGAGUCCAAAGGAAGCCGGGGCCUCUUUGUCCUGGGUACAGCCAGUCACUCGGUGGACUACCGGAAGUCUGCGGGGGGCUUCAUCCACGGCUUCCGGUACACAGUGCGUGCUGUCCAUCGGCUCCUGGAACAACGCCACCACGGCGUCGCCUGGCCCUUCACCGAGUUCCCCAUCACCCAGCUGACCAACUCCAUCCUCCGGCGUGUGAACGAGGCCUCUGGGCUCUACCAGAUGUUCAGUGUGCUGGCCGACGUCAUCCUGCUGAAGGAGAAUGCCACCUCCUUCGAGUACCUGGAGGAGUUCCCCAUGCAGAUGCUGGCCCAGCUGGAGACCCUCACGGGACGGCAGGCGAGGCACGGGCUCUUCGUCAUCAACCUGGAGUAUGGCAAGAAUUUCUCGGGCCCCGAUAAGGACGUCUUCUUCCAAGACCGCUCGGUGGGACACAUGAGAGACGCCUGGCAGUCCAACUUCCUCCACCCCGUCGUCUACUACUACAGACACCUCCCCACCGAGCAGGAGGUGAGGUUCCGCCCCGCAGACUGGCUGCUGCCGCGGCCCAGCGCCAUCCACCACGUGGUGGAGGACUUCCUGACAGACUGGACUGCCCCGGUCGGACACAUCCUGCCCCUGAGACGCUUCCUGGAGAACUGCCUGGCCACCGACCUGCGCCACUUCUAUGCAGAGUCCUGUUUCCUGUUUGCCCUGACGCGCCAGAAGCUGCCACCCUCCUGCCAGCAGGGCUACCUGAGACAGCAGGGGCUCGUGGGGACCGAGCACCUCCGGCGGCACGGCGUGGAGAGCGGGCUCCUGCGGGACUACGCAGCCACAGGCCAGCCCCCCAGCCCCCAGGGCCCAGCCAGGCAGCCCCCGCUUGCCGGGCUUGGGGUCCAGCCUCUUGACAACAAGAAGCUGGAGCUCUGAGUGCCUCUAGACUGUGCCCCCCACCCAGCCCCAGCCAGGGACCCACUCUCCCCACCCCUCACUCCCCUCGGGGUGAGAUCACCAAAGACAUGCAGACCAGCCCCACAACCGUGAGACGGCACCAAAGUGAGCCCAGGCCAUGCAGGGCUGAGGUGCAGCCACACUGCCUUCUGGUCAGAGCCGGGUGCCAGGGGUAGGGCCAGGACAGGGGCCCCUCCACAGCUGGCCACACUCUGAGCCCAUCAAGCACCCAGCGGGGUACCCCAUCUCAGCACCCAGCGUAGCACCUCAUGACGCGAGGGUUUCUCCACAGCCUUGGGGGGAAGUGGAAGGGGUCGUAGUCCCCAGUCUGCUAGUGAACCAGCAGCAACUCACGAGGCCCCUCGCCCCUCCUGCUGUGAUCAGCGGGAUCCGAUUGGGCUCUGGGACCCCUGGGGGCCAGCAAGACUGAGACCAGGGCGGGGUCUGUGGUCCAGGAGGCCUGCUCUGGGCAAACCCAGCUCAUCUGAGCAGCACUGGGCAGAACCCACUGCUCCCCGCGGCUGGUGGCCAACCUCCAUUCUCCUCUCUGCUCCUUGCCUCCCACCUGCCCCAGCCUGGCCCCUGCCUCCAGCCCACCUGGACACACUCCAUGGGCAACCACCAGCACCUGCUCAGAGCAGCCAGACCUGCACGGUCCUGCCAGCCACUUACGGCCCUGGUCGUCAGGCAUCAACACCUGCCCCCUCAGGGCUUCAGCCUCGUGACCAGAAAGCCCUUGGAAAUCGUCGGUGCAGAAAGCAAGCUCUGGGUCUGUCCAGAGCCAGCCAUGCUGCCCUCGGUGCCUUCUGCCUGUGGGAGCCCCUCCACGUGUGUGGGGCACAGCUGCUCCAGAGGGUCUCCAGAUGGUGACCUCUCAGAGGGCCAGGACGUCUUCUGAGGAGCUUCUGGAUUCGAACCUCCAGCCUUUCAGCCGCCAGGCAAGCACUUAGCCUUUGCACCACCGAGGAGGCCCCCGGAUGA